CAUUCAGCUACAGACGUGACAAGAACUCUGAGAAAGUUGGAGACUCACUUCAAGGACAUAUAUCGAGGACAUAUAUCUUCUCAUUUUCAAGCACAGCAAACUAACCAUGGCACCCAUUUUACUGAACUGCGCGGGAAAGGAGGAUGAAGACUAUAUCAAACCACAACUUCAUGUGAAGAAUCCCCACUUGGACUCCAUGGAAGAGGACAUCCUCUACCACUUCAGCCUGGGAACCAAGACCCACAACCUGCCGGAGAUGUUUGGGGAUGUCAAGUUUGUGUGUGUUGGCGGAAGCGGCAAUCGCAUGAGGGCUUUUGCCAAGUUUAUGCACCAGGAGCUGGGCUUGCCUGGGAACACGGACGAGAUCACUGAUAUCUGUGAAGGAACAGACCGCUUUUCCAUGUACAAAGUUGGGCCCGUGCUUUCUAUCAGUCAUGGCAUGGGUGUGCCUUCCAUCUCCAUCAUGCUCCACGAGAUGAUCAAGCUGCUCCAUCAUGCAGGCUGCCAUGAUGUCAACCUUUUCCGUCUCGGCACCUCAGGAGGAAUUGGUAUUUCCCCAGGUACUGUGGUGAUCACAGACAAAGCAGUGGACUGCUUCUUCAGACCCCAGUUUGAACAGGUGAUCCUGGGGAAGGUGGUCAUCAGGAGCACAGAGCUGGAUGCGGACUUGGCCAAGGAGCUUAGCCAGUACGCCAGUGAGAUGCCUGAACUGCCCACCUUCAUUGGGAACACUAUGUGCACCAGUGAUUUCUAUGAAGGUCAAGGCCGGCUGGACGGAGCUCUGUGCUCCUUCUCCACUGAGGAGAAGGUGGAGUACCUGAGGAAAGCCUAUAACGCUGGUGUCAGGAACAUUGAGAUGGAGUCCACUGUGUUCGCUGCCAUGUGUCACAUGUGCAACCUCAAAGCUGCUGUGGUCUGUGUGACUCUGCUGAACCGCUUCGACGGAGACCAGAUCUCCACGCCCCAUGAGGUGCUGACGGAGUACCAGCAGAGGCCCCAGAACCUAGUCGCCCAGUUCAUCAAGAAGCGCCUGGGUCUGAUUGUCUAAACGUAGAGCCACAAGCGUCCUGAUCUGUUGAUCUGUGUAUACCGUAAAUCCUCAAAUAGUGGCCGGGGCUUUUAUUUACUUAGGCUGCACAGCGC